AUGUCGGACUGUUUUGAUUAUAGUAGCGAUGAUACAGAAGAUGAUGAUCAAUAUGGCGAAGAAGACGUCAACUGUAAUGAAUAUGACGACGACGAUUUCUAUAAGUCUGAUGAUCAAUUCGACGGAAGAAAUCAAAUUUCGGAUUAUGCUAGUGAAUGUACAAAUCGAACUGAUUCUGAAGAGGAAUCAUUCAAUAGUAAUGUUGUUGACUCUCCUGGUGGGAAAACCAAGUUGUGGAAACCUAUUGUUCCUAAAGAUUUUAUGCCAGAUGUAAAUGCUAUAUAUCAAUCAUUAGAGGAGGCGGUUGAAAUGUAUAAAUUAUAUGCAGAUAAAGCAGGUUUUGGUGUCAGAUUAAAUACAGUAACGAGGUUUGGUGACAAAACCAUUAAAAAAAGGUAUGUAGUGUGCAACAAAAUGGGUAAAAUACCUAACAGAUCAACUGACACUUUGGAACCUGAGGGGAGUGGAAGGAAUAAACGAAACUUAAACUUCAAAAUUACGGACUACAAGGCAUUGAUAAAGUUUGAAAGGUUACAUAUGCAAACUAAUGCGUGUAAAAUAUAUGAGUUUGAAGAGAAUCACAACCAACCCCUAGAGACGAAAGAAGAAAGACGGUAUUCCAAACGUGCACGACGACUUAGUUAUAAAGACAAGGAGUUUAUAGUGCGUUCUUCAACAUCUAACAUCGGUGCAACAAAGGCACACAAGUUACAAGCUAGUUUGCAAGGAGGUUAUGAAAACGUUGGCCCUGAAGCAAUUGAUUAUAAAAAUUUCAGAAGGAAGGUGGGAAACAUUAUAGGUGACAAGGAUGCACAGCUGGUUGUUGACAAAAUGAACAUGAGGAAAGAUGAGUUUCAUAAUUACACAUUUGAGUAUAAAUGUGUUGAUAGUGUGUUAAACGCAAUGUUUUGGGCGGAUGAAACCGAUAAGUUAUAUUACAAGUAUGGAAUGAUUUUUGUGCCGUUUACAGCCAUUGAUAACCACAAACGUUCAAUAAACAUUGGGGCAGGUUUGUUAAGCAACGAGUCAAUAGAAUCUUAUCGUUGGUUGCUCGAAGCUUUUUUGAAAGCACAUGUAAAACACCCUCAAUUAGUGUUAACAGACCAAGAUCCAACAAUUUACAGGCCGUUGAAGCAAUAUUUCCUAAUUCUAAUCAUCGUUUAUGUAUGUGGCACAUUAUGA